AUGAAGUCGGCAGGUCUUUACAAGAUUGCCUCGUUGGCAUUAAUUUGCUCUUCUGCUUUGGCAUCUGCUCUCCGUCCUGAAUCUUACCGGUUAUUCCCUGAUCCUGAAGGCCAGUACCCGCGUCUUGGUGCCUGCCCUGAUGAUCACAGCUGCAUUUUCCCGCCUGAUUUAUCCCAAUUCUUGCCCGGCUCAUACUUCGACUUGCGUGUCGAAUUGCACGCUUAUGACAAGAACACAUCCAACCCUGCUCCUGAGGCUUAUUCCAAUUUCAAGACAACUGUGCGCAAGGAUGGUGGCAAAUGGCGCGAUGUUGAUGAUUUCUUUGACUAUGAAGAAACACCUGCUUUGGAUAACUGGAACUUUGAAUGGGUUGACUCGAUUGAGACUUCGCUUUCUGAGGAUGCUAAGCCCGUGGAUGUCGCAGUGACCUCGCGUAUUUGGCGCAAGCUUAAGUUCGAUAAGCCUGGUACCUAUGAUGUCUCAGUCCAAUAUGGGCCUAAGGAAGGCUACACUGUUCGCUACACAGUUAUUGAGAAGAAGGCAAAGAACGCCAUUCUUUUUAUUGCCGAUGGUUGUAACGUUGGUAUGAUUACUGCUGCUCGUGCGCUGGCUCGCAAACACACUAGCGGUAAAUACCACGAUCUUCUUUCUUUCGAAAAGUUUGACAACUUGGGUCACGUCAUCACCCACUCGGUGGAUGGCUUGGUCACCGACUCUGCCAACUCUGCUUCCUCGUAUGCGACGGGCCACAAGGGUAGUGUAAGCGCUCUUGGAGUGUACGCUGACUCAAGCGCCGAUCCAUUCGAUGAUCCCAAGGUUGAACUGAUCACAGAGCUUAUCCGUCGUCGCCAACCUGGUAAGGCCGUCGGUGUUGUUUCUACUGCUGCUGGUCAAGAUGCCACCCCUGCUGCCUUUUACACACAUACCCGUGAGCGUGGCCAAAUGGCCCAUAUCGUCGACCAGAUUGUUCACGGCGUUCCUGACUGGGUUGAUGCCGUUGCUCCUGAUGUCUGGCUUGCUGGUGGCGCUGAAUACUUCAAAGGUGAAGACGCUAUGAAUGGCACUGAUUACUAUUCCUUGAUGGAAGACAAGUUUGGCUACCAGGUGGUUAUGAACAAGAAGGAUCUGAACAAGUAUAAUGGCGACGACAAGCUCUUGGGUGCUUUCCGCACCGGUAACCUUGAUGUCUGGAUGGAACGUAACAUCUUUGUUAACAACACUGUUGGCAAUGGUGCUGCUCCUGACUUGAGCGGUAACGAUGCUUUGGGCUCGGACCAACCUGGCUUGGAGGACAUGACUAUCAAGGCCCUGGAGGUCUUGAAGAAGCGUGGUGGCAAGGAUGGUUUCUUCUUGAUGUCGGAAGCUGCCUCUGUUGACAAGCAGCUCCAUCCUUUGGAUUUCUCGCGUGCCUGGGCUGAUUUGAUUGAAAUGGAUGUUACCAUUGGCAAGACUGUUGAAUGGCUCAAGAAAAACGGCGAAUACGAAGACACUUUAAUAUUAUUCACCAGUGAUCACUCGCACGCCUUCGAUGUCUAUGGCUCCGUCGAUCAAAAGUACAUGGCGGAACACUUUUCAAACAAGGACAUGCGCGACUCCAUUGGUCUUUAUGCUGCUUCUGGCUGGCCAGGCUAUUUCGAUAAUGACAAUGAUGGUUUCCCCGACAGCUGGACCCCAGCUAUCACUUUGGCUGCCGGUACCAACAACUUCCCAGACCACUAUGAAGCCUUUACACUGGCUACCACCCCUCGUUCACCUGCUUCCCGCGAUCCUCAUGGCGCUUACGUUGGCAACAAGGAGGAUUCUGCAGGAAAAUAUGGCAAGGGUUUGGUCAUGAACGGUAACCUUCCUGUCACUUCGGGCCAAGGUGUCCACUCGAUGGCUGAUGUCUUUAUCUACUCCAAUGGCCCUGGCUCUGAUUCAUUCAAGAAGACUAUUGAAAACUGGAACGUCUUCUAUGGCCUCACCGAAGCUUUGGAUUUGCAGCGUCCGACCAAGGAUGAAAAGAAGCACAAGCACAAGCACGACAAAUAA